AUUGACUGAGAAAAAUGUUGAUGCGUUCAAUACUUAUUUUCCCCACUGUAAAUUCAAAUUUAUUGCUGUAUUGACUUUUGAGCCAGGCAACAACUGGCAUCCUUUCAAGACAAAGAACAGCCUGAUGAUCUGUGAUUCAGCCUUCAAAGCUGGAUUAGGUGGCAGUGCUUAGGUCUGUGGGUUAAAACUCCAUGUCUGAGAUUGGAAAAUUGCUACUUUGAAUCACAAAGUAGGGCCACAGAAUAGUUGCAUUAUCAUUGGUUCCUUGAGUAAGGCUCAAGGGGCGCCAGAUAAAUGGAUGACUCUGUACUCUGACCGAAAACUUGUUCUCACCAUCCAAAAGGAGAGCAAAAUGUAAUUUCCUAUGUAACUGUACUUGUACAAAAGGUGAAUAAAGUAUCAUUUCAUUCUUUAAGAUGUUUGGAUGGAUCUGGGGUAGUCUGAUUAUAUACAACUGUAUCUACCUGCACCAUAAGCUGUCAUAAAAGCUGAAAGGAAGCACAAGCUGUUUAUCCAACCUGUGGACUGCCUUUGCUACAUGUUGACAGCAGUUUUUCACAGGCAUAACAUCCUGCCAAUUAGCAGUAGUGGGAGAGAAAUCUCAGGGGGAAAAAUAAAUCCUUUUGUCUUUCAGAGCCAAGUCUGAUUUGUGGACCUGAUUCCACAUGCUUUUUCCCCCAUUACUCUCCACAUUGAUGAAUGACAGCAGUGGAGUGUGGAUCAAACCGGCAGCUGGAUGGCGGAUGUGUUAAUGGGCAGGAUUCCAGCUGGCUGCUCUCUAGUGCUGCGAAAAUGAGGCUUGGAUCAGCAUCUUUGAUCUUACGCAUCUCAUCUGACUAGAGGAAUGUCAAAAUAUUCACUAUAAUGUUUUUUUCCUUUUCUUACAUUGUUUGAAGUGCCUUUUUCGCAUUGUUGCUUAUGGACAAGAUAGUCGGAUGUUUACACAUAGAGGAAUUAUGGAGAAAUUCUCAACCUUUAAACUGUGACCAUCUUUACUGACGAAGAACAAGCCCUGGUCUCAUUUUUGUAAAGGAAAACAGUUAUUCCUCUUUGUAAUACCAGGAAACCCAUCGCACUACAAAGCACCAUAUCAUUACAUGCAGUCCUGAACUUUCUUCUAAUUUUUGAAGGGGAACUCGUCUUUCCAGAAGAAUAAUUGGUCACAAAGCAUCCUUGUGUAGGAAUUUCACAAAAAGGAUCCGACUGCCAAAGUAUCAUUAGCCACAUUGUUUUUGGGGUAUGUUAGAGACACCAUAACUACGUGCCCCCCACCCCCAUUCAAAAUAUUAUAUUAAAAACCAGUCACACUCAGCACCAUGCCAAAUCUACAAUCAAAAUGGCGUUUCCUGAUGAUGGUUCUUGGGGUCCAGCUUAUCGUCAUGGCCCUCCUUUCCAGGGAGGGUUACCAGAAGAGGGUCACAUAUUUUUUCCGGAUUUUCCGAAGGACUGACACAGGGGUGGGGGCCUCCAUGCAAAACCAUACUGGGCGUGAUGUCUAUGCCAACCUUUCCCUUCUAUCCAAAAGUCAGACAAGGGAGGAGAGCAUGCCUUACUGUCCAAAGAAGUCUCCAUUAGUUGGAGGCCCACUCCGUGUGACUUUCCCUUCUGGGCUGACUUUGGUUCAAGUAGAGCGGAAAAACCCCCUAGUAGUGCGAGGGGGACGUUACCGGCCACCAAACUGCGAGUCUCUCCAUCACACCGCCAUCAUCAUCCCCCACAGGAACAGAGAACACCACCUGAAGUUCCUGCUCUACUACCUGCACCCCUUCCUGCAGAGACAGCAGCUCAACUAUGGCAUCUACAUCAUUCACCAGGCAGGGAACUACACCUUCAACAGGGCCAAGCUGAUGAACGUGGGCUUUCGAGAGGCCAUGAGGGAGGAGGACUGGGAUUGCCUGUUCUUCCACGACGUGGACCUGAUCCCUGAGGAUGACCGCAACACUUACACGUGUGACGCCCACCCCAAGCAUGCUGCCAUUGCAAUGGACAAGUUUGGCUACAAGCUUCCGUAUAAGAUGUAUUUUGGCGGAGUGUCUGCUCUGACCCCUCUGCAAUACCUCAAGAUGAAUGGUUUCCCUAACAACUACUGGGGAUGGGGGGGUGAGGAUGAUGAUAUCGGGAUCCGAGUGUCCCUGGGUGGGAUGCUCAUCACUCGGCCAUCUCUGAAUGUGGGCCGCUACAAAAUGAUCAAACACAAGCUGGAUAAGGGCAACGAGGUGAAUCCACGAAGGUUCAACAUGCUGGCAAAGACCAGGCACACCUGGAAAGAGGAUGGCAUGAACACUGUGGAGUAUGAGGUGUUAUCUCGAGAGUACCUGCCACUCUACACCAACAUCACUGUCAACAUUGGCACCGAAAAGGGUCUCCUCAGUCUUCCUCCAAAGACCCAAAUGGCUCCUCCUGCGAACGGAAUGCCGAAGAAGGACGCUAAAACCUCACUGCCAGAUACUGAGCACCAUCCGCUCUCCUAGAGAGAGAUGGAGACAGGUAUCCCCCCCAUAGAAUAUAAACACAAUUUCAGUGACAGAUGGGUCUUAAAGGGAUUUUUCUCCUAUUUGUUUUAAUUUCUCCAAAAUCGCAAUAUCCCUUAUCUGAAUCGUGGCUCAGGCAUUGUCGACCGGCAUGAUGAUUUCUGUGACCAUGUGCAUGUCUAAAUGGGCACUGUACACCCCUCCAAUGCUCAUUCUGCAUUACAAGGGCAGCCAUGGAGUCCACAUAUUUUCUAAACUUAGUUAUGCAGUGGAAAUGAAUGAAGGAAUAUGAGAUGAUAUACACAGCUUCUGGAUUCUCCUGUCUUGAAGUGGGAUCAUGUCCUAAGCCUGUCCUUCAGUCCACAGAGAGAGACCAAUUUCCAUAUUGCUCUCAGUACACUAUAAUUUGGUCCAGUUCCAUAUUUUUCCACUGGCCUGUAUUCCACUGUGGAAUUAAGAUUAAUGUUAAUCACAAUCAAAGUAGCUUAUACAAAUUUUACUUUAAUUUUCACCAGUUUCACACAUCACAUAUAACAUGUUCUUUCGUUUAUCUUUCUUAAACAGACCAGGUAAAGAGCCCGCUAGCAUUUGAGAACUAUGCACAUCAGUGUCUUAAAUGUGUGUAUGAAUGUGUUACUACUAUUGUCACAUUUUCUUGUGAUUAUCCGACUGAGUCCAAAACUGGACAUCUAAGAACGAAGAAUGUAAUGUGUAUGAGCUUUGCUCAUUCUGAAUCCAUUCUGUGCCUGUUUGCCGAGUCUCUCUGUAACUCUGUCUGCUUCGGCACCCAGCCUCUCCGGUCAUUCGCACGCCUCUGUCUGCUGCCUCUAUGAAGGGGUCCUCACCUUUAUUAGUUGGAGGCUGAAUUAUUUAAUUCCACAGAGGGUGCGUGUGGGAUGAAAACCGAAACCCUAUUGGUAGCAUUAAGUUCCAGUCAGAGGGAAAUGUGAGCCUCAGGGACAGGAGCUUUAGGCAGGCAGCAGGCAUUGUGAAGGCCAUCUUCCAUAUCCUACGAGGUAUUCGAGGUUCCUCUUAAUGAAGCCAAAGAUAAUCAUGACACAGCUGAUUGCAAACAUGUCGACAUGAGUGUGGAUGUGGAGAAUCUAUAUAAGCAGCGAUGUGGUGACCUCACAUCUCCAGAGUGGUGGGCUUGACUUCUGGGUCUGUGUAGGGUUUUGCAUGUUGUCCCUGCAUUUGCACACAUUUUUAUCUGGUACUCUGGUUUCCUCUUUGGUGAAUUGGUGUCUCUAAAUUGCCAGUAGCGUGUCUGUCUGUGUCUGGUUUGUUUGUCACCUGCCUCAUGUCCUGUGCUUCCUUGGAUAUGCCGCACGCUCACUGUGACCUCAUCAGAAAAAUGCUAAAAACUGAGAUGUCCACUGAUGACAUUACUCCAUGUGUACAGAGUAAACUCAGUUAUUUUGGAACACAAACCUUGAGAACUGAAGAUUUUUUUGAAUUCUCUAAUAUUUUGGUUGCUCUUUUCCAUUAUGCAUAACUGUGCAUGAAGAUGCAGCUUCUUGUGGUGACUAUUGCUUUCCCUAGUGUGAAAUAGGAUAUUCUCUGUGGUUAGAACUGGACCACUGCAGAACUCUGUGACGUGUGUAGGUUUUCAAAUUAGCAGGGCAACUGAUUAAUUAAACAGUUCAGAGUGGCCUUAAAACUUUGAUUAAUAAACAAAUGGAUACAAAUGUAUGCAGACAUCUGUGUUUUUAUUGUCAUCUAGGAAUGUAUGUGUUGAUGGUGAGUCAGGGUAACCCCCCACCCAAAAAAGAAAAAGAAGAAAACUGUCCUUUGUCACACUGAGAUGUUGCUGGUUCAAACUAGAUGUCAGAGCAUAUCUAUGGUCUACUUGUGUUUAUUGUAGGCCGAGUUGAAAUGAGUAUAAAGGUAUUAUGUGAAUAGCACGCUAUGGUAUGUUGUGCAUUCUUAAAGAAUAAUUACAACUUUGAGUAUCAUCAGUACUGCUAUCUUGUAAUGUGUGGGACAAAAGGAUUUGACUUGUGCAUCAUACUUUUUGUAUAUUUGCAGGGUGGGUCAAUAUACAAACAUUUUGUGCCUUAUAAAAAUUCUGUUUCACAUAUACAUGUAGCCCACUCAUUCUAUCUGCGUUUUUUUCCUUUUCCAUUAAACAUACAGGUACCUUCUGCAUGCAUGUGGCAUGUCUCAUUCAAUGAUGUGGCAAGCAUAUGGUACAAUUAAAAUAAACCACUUGAUUCAAAAUCA